CCGUGCUUCAUAGGUGUUACUUGUAUUGAUCAGAUAACUCAUAAGCUGUUCGUGAAUUGAGGCCGAAGAAAAAUGGCUGAGGCUGUAGUCUCUUUUGCGGUGGAAAGAAUUGAGGAUUUGCUGAUUCACAAAGCAAAUUUAUUAUAUGGAGUGCGUAGCCAAGUUCGAGGUAUGUUGGCAGAGUUAAGGGGUAUGAGGCCCUUUUUAAAAGAUGCAGAUGCAAGACAAGAUGAACACAAGAGCAUUAGUAAAUUGGUGGUGGAAAUAAGAGAUGUUGCUUAUAAUGCAGAGGAUGUGAUUGAAACUUUUGUAUUUAAAUUUGAGCCGAGGGGAAGACGAGGCAUCAUACACAUUCUCAAGAGAAGUGCUAGCAUCUUCAGUGAAGUUAUAACUUUGUACAAGAUUAGGUCUCAGAUUGUAACUAUUCAAAGGCUUCAUGCAAAUUUACCAAGCUUGGGUCUAAGAGCUUUGAUGGAAAUUGGAAGUGCAACUUCUCGACACCUAGAGCAGACUUUUUCUCAAGUUGGUGACGAAUAUUUUAUUGGUAUUGAGCAAGACAUAGAGGUAUUAGCAGCGCAAUUGGUGAGUGAAGAAGCCGAACACUGUAAGGUUGUUUUGAUUUGGGGCAUGGGUGGUGUUGGGAAGACUACCUUGCUAGGAAGGUUUACCAACACACAGAUGUUAGGCGCCAUUUUGAUGCCUUCGCUUGGGCUUUCAGCCCGCAAACAACUCGAUGAAGUCCAACAACAGAAAAAGUGUUUGGUUGUUCUUGAUGACGUUUGGUCUUCGGAAGGAUUUGAUGAGUUGUCACGAGUUUUUUCUGGUGUAAAUACGAAAAUAAUCCUUACUACACGUAAAGCAAAUGUACCAGGGUAUCAAAAUUGUUUCAUCUUACAGCGAAACCUUUUAAACGAAGUGGAGAGCUGGGAGCUAUUUGCAAGAAAGGCUUUCCCCAAAACGGUGGCUAAAGGUUAGCUUAUCCUGAAACUU